CUGCACAUGGAGCGGAAGCACGCCAAGGAGCUUGCCCCCGGCGGCGUGUGCCUGGCGGACUACUGCGAGGUGUUCGAGGUCUGCCACGGGGAAUCCAGGCUCAAGCGGCAGGCCGCCAGCCAGGCCGCGUGCAACAACGAGACGCUCGGGGAGGCCCGGCGCCGGUGCGAGACGGCCAUGGCCAGGUGCUUCCCGCUCGGCGAGGAGAAGUCCCGGAAACUGAACGCGCAGCUGUCGAAGACGUGGUGCAGGACCAUCGACUGCGCGAUCCGGGCGGAGCAGCGGUCGGGGCACCACUCGGAGCUCAUGCCAGUCAUCGUCAUAUUGAUCUUCAUCGUCUUGAUAUGCUUCAUAUUCUUCAGCAUUGUGGUUUGCUGCGUCGAUUACAGCGACGACAUUAUCCAGUGGCUGUCCGACUCUGGAGCACUCAACGCCCGCUGGGUGAAGAGGCUGAUCAAGGCCCGGGACACCACCCGCGCGGCCGCUGGCGUCACCGACCGCACGCGGGAGAUCUGAGUGCCAGGGCGGCUGAGGCCGGGUUGGGAGGAUGGCCAGUUGAGAU